CGGUAGGGGGCAGCACUGAGCGGGGCCGGAACCCCAGCUAGCUCACAGCAGCUAAACACGAACAGAUUUUAUAUUUGAGCUGUGUAGCGUCACGUACGUUUAAAUCGAUUUAUUCCGCGUUUUACACUUCUGCAGCACCGCUGCGCUGUAAAGGGAGACAGGCGGGUUAGAGAGGGAGGAGCGGCCGCGCUUUUAGACGAAAUCCAGCAGCUCUCCGCUGCUCUUUAGCCUGUUAGCCUGUCACCGCUGACUGCUGCUCUGCUGCUGCUGCUGGGGUGACGCUAGCUAGCGGAGGUGCUAGCUGGCUAACGGCGCUAGCGCCGGGUGGGACCGCUGGUACGGCUUAGUUUGGACCCGCGGGUUUCUGGUUUUCGACUGCGGACACACGCUGGCACUCAACCUGAGCUGUAGCUCGCCUCUUAUGGCGGAAUUGCGGAGGUUGUCGGUUUAGCUAAGCUAGCGCUUAUUUGGAUGUUGUAGCUAGCCAGCGGGGCUAGCCAGCUAGCUCACUGCGCUGCUGGCCCACAGCUGGGGUGCGGACUGCGGGGGACGAGGGCUGGAGAGAGAGAGAGAGGGAGCUGUAGCUGUGUGUUCGUGCUUAUUGCUCAUGUAUUUAAUAACCGGCUAGUUAGUUAGCUAGUUAUUUAUUUAGAUAGCAUUCUUGUUUUUAAUAUAUAUAACCCAAUCUAACGCUAGCUUACGUUAGGCGGUGAGUUGGCUUCGCCCAGCAAUGCCAAGUGCCAAUUAACUAACUAUCUACUGAGAGGGCAGUCUGAGCUCCACUGGCUUUCUCUAGAGGACUUUGGCACAGUGUGGUUAGUUAGCUAACCAGCUUGCUAGUUUAUUUAUUGCAGGAUUGAAUAGCUAAAAAGCAAGGAUGGCAACAGCUAGCAGCAUAGCCGCCUCGAUUGCGAGCAAAACAAAAACGAAGAAGAAGCACUUCGUGGCUCAGAAAGUCAAGCUGUUUCGUGCCAGCGACCCUCUGCUCAGUGUGCUGAUGUGGGGAGUCAACCAUUCGAUAAAUGAGCUGAGUCAUGUUCAGAUCCCGAUCAUGCUGAUGCCAGAUGACUUCAAGGCAUAUUCCAAGAUCAAGGUGGACAACCAUCUAUUUAACAAAGAAAAUAUGCCCAGCCAUUUUAAAUUCAAGGAGUACUGCCCUCUUGUUUUCCGUAAUUUAAGAGAGAGGUUCAACAUCGACGACCAGGACUUCCAGAACUCUCUGACACGCAGCGCACCCCUGGUCAGUGAGGCUCAGGGCCGGAGUGGUGCUCGCUUCCACACCUCCUACGACAAGAGGUACGUCGUCAAGACCAUCAGCAGUGAGGACGUGGCCGAGAUGCACAACAUUCUAAAAAAAUAUCACCAGUAUAUUGUGGAAUGUCAUGGUACCACCCUUCUGCCUCAGUUCCUGGGUAUGUAUCGCCUCACUGUUGACGGAGAUGAAACCUACAUGAUCGUCACACGAAAUGUCUUCAGUCACCGUUUGUCUGUGUAUAAAAAGUAUGACCUAAAGGGAUCUACUGUUGCUAGGGAGGCCAGUGACAAAGAGAAGGCAAAGGAGCUUCCCACCUACAAAGAUAACGACUUCAUCAAUGAUGGCCAGAAAAUAUACAUCGAUGAGGAAAACAAGAAGAUUUUUCUUGACAAGCUGAGGAAGGAUGUGGAGUUUCUUGCCCAGCUAAAACUGAUGGAUUACAGUCUGUUGGUGGGCAUCCACGAUGUGGAACGGGCAGAGCAGGAAGAGGUGGAGAGUGAGGAUAAUGAAGGAGAUGAUGAAGGAGAGAGUGAUGGAGGGAUUGUGGGCACUCCGCCAGACAGCCCUAGCAACACUCUGGACAGCACCAAGCCCCUUUCGCCUGGUGACUUUGACCCUACCAUUGAUGUCUACGCUAUUAAGAGCCAUGACAACUCACCAAGGAAGGAAGUCUACUUCAUGGCUGUGAUUGAUAUUCUGCAACAUUAUGAUGCCAAGAAGAAAGCCGCUCACGCAGCCAAGACAGUCAAGCACGGAGCUGGGGCAGAGAUUUCCACCGUAAACCCAGAGCAGUACUCAAAGAGGUUCUACGAAUUCAUCACCACUAUUCUGCCCUAGCCUGGGGCAGAGCCAUGCAGAGUCCAUGGGUCAAAGAGGGACGCUAACGGAGGGGUGCCGAAAUGCGCUUAUCCCCUCCGUGGCAGGGGGCACCCUUACAGCAGCUACAACCACCAUUCGUUUACAUUUUUCAUUUUUAUUUGUUUGUUGUUUGUUUUUGUUUUGUGGGACCAUAAGGGUGAUGAUGAAAUAGAACAAGUAUAAAUCUUCUGGGGGAGAUAGGGAUUUUUGUUGCUUUCUGAUGCAUGUCCCUCAUGGCAUUGUAUUUGUUUUGUUUGAUUUUUUUUGUAUUUGUUUUUGUUAAUUUUGCCUUUUUAAGCAAAAGGGGCAGAAGAGAGCAAAAUACGAUGGAUUGCAGCUCAGCGAAUGGUGACUGGAGAUCACGUGUAGAAUGAGAUCAUUCAGAACAGAGGCCAAGCCUGGGAGAAGCAGAUGAAUGGGCGCUUUCGGCCGUUUGUAGAACUCAAGACCUUCGGUCAAAAAGGAACUGUGAAGCUGUCUUCCAUGCGAGCCAGUCGCCAAGCACCUAGUCAUCCAUCUGAACCUAAACCUAAUCAUAAGCCUUCUUUAUCAGACCCAAACCCAUGCUCCAUCCCAUCCUACCUGAUCUUCAACCUAAAAUUUAAGCUGUUCAUCCACCCAGUUAUCCAAAAAAAAUAAAAGCCCAAAACCUACCUAAACUUCAACACGAACCUGUCAUUCACCUUGGACCUGUCCUUCAUCCCUGCCUCCGCUUGUUUCAUUUGUCAAAGCCAGCAGCUUUAACUAGUGCUUUCCGGCAUGUAUAUCCAACAAGCAGUGGGCUACAGCACUUGACACCUCAGCACACUUGUCAAACCGCACGCUAAUCCCUCUGGGCUCAUCUUCUGUCCUCCUCUACCUUCUCCGAACUGACUUGACUGCAACAAGUGCUCUCAAGCUCCAUUCACAAAGGCGAAGAAGUGCUCGCCCUUGGAUUUGCAGAGCAUAGCAGCCAUCGGACUGUUUUGCAUGUUCCUUACAGUGUUUCGGAUGAGUGUAGUGUUUUUUUUUGUUUGUUUUGUCAUUUUGUUUUUUUUCUCCAGCUGUGUGUUUUUCUUUUUUAUCGCAGCAACACAAAAUCACACAGUGCAAAGAAGCCGAAGCAACAGCAUUGGUGGCAUCUCUUCAGUCAUCUGUGACGACAGUUAAAAAGAGAAUUUAUGACCUUUUGUUUGCCAUCAGCACCUUAAACUGUUGCACUUUUUUCUUUUGUUUUUAAAUUAGGAUCUGUUUGGUCUGUUACAUAACUGCAACAAUAGCACUAUGAGGCACUAUUGAAUGCAGCCCUGUGAUUUUGUGUUCACACGUGUGUGCUUGUCCUCAGCAGGCAGCCCAUAGUUUACCUCGCGCAUCAUACCGAUACACACUCAUGCGUGUAAAAUUACAGUGUUCCUUGGGGGGAGGGGUGUUUAAGGGAAGGGGUGAUGUGUGUUGUGAUAUUUUUUUUGCGCCAGCCUUUCCUUAAAUGUCAUGUAUGUCUGGUGAACUUAACAUUUUUUUAAAUUGGCAGUAGAAUCAGCAAUGUAUUGUAUGUUUUGCACAUUAAUGAACCAAAUGUUCAAAUAAUCCCAUUGGUUCUGCAAAGUGGUAUUUACAAGGGAAUCCCCCAGCACCUGUGCAGGGUGUGAAGAGUUUUGUCAACCGCAUUGAUAGAACUAGCUAACACAAUCUAAAACAUAACAUAUGACUAAAAAUGAUAAGCCUCUUUGUAUGAAUGUUUAGAAUUUUUCUGUUUUGUUUUUGGAUUACAUGCACAAUUUUUACUUUAGCUUUUUAAUCCAUACACAGAAUUGUCUGUUUUUUUAAGCAGCAUAUCACUAUUAAGUGGAAAAGUGAUGAAUGAAGAAUGUGUCCGUUUUAAAUUGUACAACUCGUAUGUACUGUAAAAGAAAGACAAAAAAUUAAGAUGCAUGUUGCAUUUGUUUGCCCUGUCCAGCCUGGUUCAGUUGUGAAACUGUGUGUGGAAUAGUCGCCCCUGCAAAAGAAAGAGAAAAAGGAAAAAAACAAAAAAAAAACAAAUAUGAUUUCAGACGGUCCUAAAUCUGCUUUAUACUGUGUUAGCAAUGUAUACACUGUGCAAGAGUUGUGCCUUUUUACUCCAAAUUAUUUAAUUUUGUAUUUUUUAAUCUUUGUUUUUCAGAGGUAAAAUGUUAUUUUCUAAUAUUAGAGUGGUUGAAAAAAAAUAAUCCAGACUUUUUUGUUUUUUCUUUUUCAUUGUUUUUUUGUGUAAUAUGCUAUUGCUAUCAUCCUCAGUGGAAUAAGGCCCAGAAGUUCAGCAAUGGGUGAGUGUGAAUGGUUAAUGGCCAUAAGGAGUAGGGACUGUUAAACUGGUCAUCAUAUUCAGUCUCUUAAACCAGUUUAUUCUCAGUAUUAUUAUCCUUAAUCCGUGUUAAUUUUUUUUCCUCGUUUAUUUUUUACAACGCUCGCGCAGUGAUUUAAUAAUACUUUGUUUUUUCUUUGUUAUUUUUGGGGGUUGGGCGGGGGACAAAAAAACAAAAGCCAGUGAUCCACUUCUUGAUUUUUACAUUGAUAAAAAAAAAAGAUAAUCCAAUUUGCUUUAAACCACUCUUUCAGUGGGUGUGAAACAGCUCCAUCUCCUGUCUCCUGAUUUUUCUUUCUUUUUGCCAAAAAGCCCAGUCUUUACUGUUCGUUUAAUUGGGAAAAAACAAACACAUAACCGGCUUUUGGAAACUGUAUUGUGCUUCUAUGAGUUGAAUGUUUUUGUUGUUGUUUGUUUGUUUUUGAUUUUUUUUUUAUAUUUAGGCCCUAUAAACACGGCGAACGUGUCCUGUUUACGUAGAUGUGGAAAGAAACAAAGAUGGAUGGAUGAGCGAAUGGGUGGAUGGACGGGUGGAUAGCUCCCUCUUUCAUGCCCGUGUAUGUGUGUGUGGAUGUGUGUGAAUGCUCCGUGGAUGUGAAAGCUCAGAAGAGGCUGGCUCGUGGUUCAUGGUGUUAACCAGUAUAAAAUACACUCCAUUUCAGAAGCAUCGCUCAAAACAAUAAAGCACUUUGCAAUUG